UCAGAGAGUAGUAAGGGCGUGGAAUGCCCUGCCUGCAGCAGUAGUAGACUUGCCAACUUUAAGGGCAUUUAAAUGGUUGUUAGAUAAACAUAUGGAUGAUAAUGGAAUAAUGUAGGUUAGAUGGGCUUCAGAUUGGUUUCACAGUGUGCGAUUUUUCUGGAGAGGGUUGAGAAAAAUAAAAACGCUGCUAACUCCUUGAGGGAAUACAGUCGAAAACUAGAGGGUAAACACAAGAAGCUUGAGAACUUACUAAACAAGCUGGAGAGUGACAGAAGAGGCACGCUUUACAAUUCAUUAUUCCUUGAGAAAAGCAAUAAACAGAAGCACACGUUCGAAGUGGAGAACAGUGCCUUACAGCAGAGGUCAUUGGUAGUUGAGAAAAGCAAUAGACAGAAGCACACUUUCGAAGCGGAGAAUAAUGCUUUACAGCAGAGGUCAUUGGCGUUUGAGAAAAGCAAUAAACAGAAGCACACGUUCGAAGUGGAGAACAGUGCCUUACAGCAGAGGUCUUUGGCAUUUGAGAAAAGCAAUAAACAGAAGCACACGUUCGAAGUGGAGAAUAGUGCCUUACAGCAGAGGUCUUUGGCAGUUGAGAAGAACCUGUGCGAGAAGACGACGAAGGAUAGCGCACAGUGGUGUGACAACGUGAGAAGAGAAUCAAAGGUUGGGCUUGCUGCUACUUCUGAGAAGAGAGCAGAAAAGCCAUCCAGUGCAGGCAACCCCCAGUUACAGAUUCUGGAACAGAUUGCACGCUCAAUGAGUGACUUGAGACAAGUACUUACAUCACAGUUAAAUGAAAUCAAGGAGAAAAGUAACAUACCCGGUACCUCAUCGAGUCUUAGGGACAAAGAGCCAAGCAUCUCCCCAGUUUUGCUGGAGAGUGUGAGGGAAAGCCUCGAUAAUGUGGUUGGCAAGUAUCAAAGUAAAACCGCUCACCAGCGAGCCAAGCUGAAGAUGCUGACCCAGUUUGAUGGUAAAUUUGAAGCUUUUAACCAGCAGUGGGAGCGUACCCAGAAGGAACAUCAACGCACCACACAGAUGAUCCAAGAACUGAAAACAGAGAUCGACAGUAUUGCGAAUACCUCAAAGAGGAUGUUUUCAGCUUUUGAUCAAAUCGAAGAGAAUGUCCACAAUCUGGGCCACAUCAAGCCACUGAUUGAGAACAUCCAGAAGCUUCUGGAGAGGAGAAAGAAACAACAGAGUAUUGAGGAAAGAUACAUAAGUUCCGUUAAUCAGAGAUCAAUGCAAGGUGAAGUGCUCCAGCAUAUGGUGGAUCAGGCAGUCCUGCCACUGGUGGAAAGGAUUCGCAUGUGUCACUAUCCGUUUAUCUGUAAUGAGUGCAGCGGGAACUGCAAACAUAAAAUGGUAAUGCACUGAA